AUGAAGUAGAUUGAUAUUUAAAAAGGAUAAAUUCCAGAUGCUAAAUAGAUAUCUGGAACUAAUUUGAUGACUAAGAAAUAAAAAGAAGAAUUACUGAAAGAGCUUUAAACUUAGCCAUAAGCUGUUGAUAAGCCUGUUAACUAGAAGGCACAAUAUAUAAAUGAUGACUCUAAAGUCAAUUUUUAGAAUUGGGUUUUAAUACUUGUAAGUUUUUCUAGCAUGAUACUAACUGCAACUUUAAUAUAUUAAGGUUUAAGUGCAUCAAGUUUAACUCAGCAUUCAAUGUAUGCUGAUAAAGCUUUAGUUCUACUUGGAGCACUCACUUGCAUUCUCAAUAUGAUUACUAUUUUUGCAUCACAUUUUAACAAGAAGAGAACGUUGCUGCUAGUCGUUUAUUUAGAUUUUGUAAUGAUUGUUUAUCUUUUAGUUUAUGCUUUUGGUUGCAUCACUUUUAAACCUAACAUGCAACAAUGGGUUUACACUAAUUGGGAAACUUUAUAAAAUAAAGUGUAGAAGCAAACAUUUGUAGAAUUUUAGCAAGAAAUAGAAAAUUAGAUUAUUUCUUUAGGUGUCACAGCCUUAACUCUUUCUAUUGGAUUUAUAAUUUCAAUUACUAUCAUUGUCAUAAGAAUCCACUUAAAAAAAAUUCUUUUAACUUUUGUGCCUGCCUUUGCACUCAUGUUUAUCGUAUUAGGAAGUGGUUUACUUUAUUUAACAAUAUAUGCUUUAGUUCACUUAGAUUUUAUUGAUAUUCCUUUUUGGAUGAACACUGUUUCUCUGUGCUUGGCAGGAGUUUUGAUUUUAAUUGGAACAAUUGGAUACUUUGCUUCGCUUUAUUAAAUGAGGAAGCUUACUAUAUUUUAUUUAACUUGUGUAUCAUUAAUUAGUUUAUCUAUUCUCGUUUGUUGUAUAGGAUACAUCAUACUAUCAGGUAAAAUAAACAUGUAUGUUGAAUAGCAUUGGCCUUAGAUAAGAGAUCAAUUAGAUAGAGCUGGAAUUUGGAUGCCAAGAUCUACUUUUACAAGUGGAUUAAUUCUCAAUAUUAAAUUUUCUGGACUCUAUGGCAUAAGCUUUUUCUUGUUUUUAGUAAUAGGUCUUGCUGGAAGUAUUUACCAUGUAUCAUCGUGGUGA